UUUGUAAAUAUGCAUCUAUAUUAUGUAAGUCAAUUUACUUUAAUUUUAAUGUGGGCAAAUAGUUUUCAAAAAACGUGUGUGCACAUUAUUUAGACAAAUGCGGUUUGGGUAUGACCAACAUCCUGUGGUGCCCCCCGUCAGUUUCCAAUGGACUGUUCCGCAGUUUGAACCUGAAGCGGGAGGAAGUGGACGGAUAACGAAUAUACAAUAUUUGUAUAUAUAGAUUUUUUUUUUUAUAUACAGCUUGGUAAAUCUAUUUGUAAUGGACGUAACGACUUGUUUGAAGUCUCUCCUGCUGGCCACCCACCAGUACCGAGACAACAGGACAGCCCACAACACUGUCCAGCUGCAGAAACAAGUCGAGGAGCUGUCAGGUCUGCGGUGUGGUCGACUUCUCUCGUCUGGUCAGGUGCUGCCCAGUGAAUGUAUCAGUGGGCUGGUGGAGUUGGCAGGUGACCCCAACACAAGUCCAGCCCUCACAGGAACCAUCAUCUCGCUGCUAGCCCGACUAGCCUGUGACGACGAGAGUCGGGAGGUCCUCCAGAGCAGUUAUAACCUGACCAGCACCCUGGCCUCCAUCAUCCACUGCCAAUGCAACACCCCCGGGGAGCCGCUGGUGCUGCAGUGCCUGCAGGUGCUACAGAGGCUCACCUACAGCAGCCGGAUAUUCCACUGUGCCAAUUACAUCCACGAACUCAUAGACUUUCUCGUGGCCAACAUUCAGUCGCGUGAUGAUGACAUCACAAUGCCAUGCCUCGGUCUGAUGGCAAACCUGUGUCGCUACAACCUGUCAGUACAGACUCACAUCAAAGCGCUGAGUAAUGUGAAGGCCUUCUACCGUACGCUGAUUAACUUCCUGGCACACAACAGUUUGACGGUGGUGGUGUUUGCUCUCUCUAUACUGGCCAGCCUGACACUCAACGAGGAAGUCGGGGAAAAGCUGUUCCAUGCUAAGAACAUCCACCAGACGUUCCAGCUGAUCUUUAACAUCAUUGUCAAUGGUGAUGGGACCCUAACCAGGAAGUACUCUGUAGACCUACUAGUGGACCUUCUGAGGAACCCCAAGAUAGCUGACUACUUGACCAGGUAUGAGCACUUCUCCGUGUGUGUCUCCCAGGUGUUGGGUCUGUUGCAUGUGAAAGAUCCAAACUCGGCUACUAAGGUUCUGGAGCUCCUCCUGGCUCUGUCCGGCGUGUCUGGCUUGAGGCUCUUGCUGUGUGACAUAGUGUUCCGUCCGGCUGCCCCCCGCCUCCGAACUGCCGUCCACAGACCGGGGGUGGGCCUGGACGCCCACCAGAAAACAGAGCCGGGCUUAGCUCUCGUCCAGUGGCUGAAACCGCCCGCCGAAGGGGAGGAGUCUUGCUGUCUUCGGGCCCUGCAGCUUCUGACUGAACUUCUGGAGGAGUCUUUAAGUUCUGAGGUUGUUUCUGUGUGUGUGUUGGGCUUCGUUGAGCUGUUGGUUCCAGUGGUGUUGGGUCUGCUUCAGCGACCGGACCCAGCUGCACCAGAGAGCCAACUCAGAACACACUCCAGUCGGAUCACACACGCCACCUGCCUGCUGCUGACGCUGUGUGGUGAGGACUCCGUGCGUGGCGUGGUGUCUCGUCAGUUGACCUCCCAGAUCUGCCUCUCUCAGGUGGAACAUCUGCUUUCCUGUUGCCAUGACAACGACCCCCUAAUCAGCCCGCCCACUGGCCACGAAAGCAGCCUCAGUGAGGUGUGUGGAGAGGCGGUGUUGAAGACUCUAGAGUUGAUGAGUAAACUGAGACAGCAAGUGAAAGACAUGGAGACAAGCUUUUACAGAAUACUACAGGACCCGAGAGUGGUCACACCCCUCUCUCUGGCUCUGACAUCCAGUCAAAGAGAGUAUGUUCAGACUGGGCUCCGCCUACUGUUAGAGGCGACUCUCCUCCCGGACUUUCCUACGCUUGUUCUGGGGGAGAGCAUUGCAGCCAACAACGCCUAUCGCCAGAGGGAGGCUGAGCUGUCCGUCAAACGGUUUUCUGGGCUGAAGGAAGUCCCCGCCCCGACGAGGGACAGCCUAUCAGGGCCUCCCCCCAGCCCCUCCCACAGCAUACACAGCCUCAUUGACAAACUACAUAAUGGCAUGGAGUUGCAGGAUCAAAUAAAGGAUGUGCGCGUGUCAGAGAUCAUGGAUGUAUAUGAACAGAAGAUAUCGGCUUUGGCGUCUAAAGAGGGGAGGUUACAGGAUCUGUUAGAAGCCAAGGCUCUAGCUCUCUCUCAGGCCGACCGCCUCAUCGCUCAGUACCGCUGUCAACGAGCUCAGGCAGAGGCUGAGGCUCGCAAGCUGGCGUCUCUGCUAAAGGACGCAGAACGGAGGAGAGAGGAGCUGCAGGUGGAGGUGGUUAACCAGGCGCUGGAGGCAGACAGGGCGAAGGGGGACAUCGCAGAGCUGCUGCAACACAAUGCCAGACUGCAGGCCGACUCUCAGGAGCACCAGACCCUCAAAGGCUCCUACAAUCAACUGCUAAACAGGUUUAAUGAGAGCGAACGUCUGUUGAAGGAGCUACAGGUGGCUCAUAUCUCCCUGACCAAACAGAUGGACACCCUCCAGAAGAGCCACGAGACACUACGACUACAGCAUGACAAGGCGGUGUGUGAGCUGGAGUCACAGCAGGAGCAGAUCAGAUCCCUCCAAUCCGAGAUACAACACCGUGACCGCGACAUCACAGGCCUGCGGGGUGAGCUGAGGAAUCAGGAGGAGAGGGGCAGAGAGAAAGAGAGAGAACGGGAGGAGCUCGAGGAAACCGUGGACGUUCUGAGGAAGGAACUCAACAAGACGGAGCUGGCCCGAAAAGACGCCAGCAUCCGGGCGUCCUCUCUGGAGCUCCAGAAAGCCCAGGUUGAGGCCAGACUGCAGAAGAAGGAGGAUGAGCUCAACAAACACUCCGCCAUGAUCGCCAUGAUACACAGUCUCAGCUCUGGCAAAGGGAAGAGUGAUGUCAACCUGUCCCUGUGAGAGAGGGGGGGGGGGUGAAACGCAGCCACUGUCCCUGUGGUCAGCACCACACACAGGGUGGAAAAAAGACAAUUAUGAACUCAUUUGUCUGUCAUUUUAAUAUACCUGUCUGGCUUUUUAAAUCCUGUCGUCUGUGUCCUGUGUCUGUAUUCAUCACCUUUGGUUUGUCUCUCCAUUGUAUUGAUAUUGAAAUAAAUAUUGACUGGUGAUGAUCA